UCUUCUUCUUCAUUCCUCUGCUACUACUGAUCCCACUCUAUAAUCUACUUCAUUCCAAAAAAUUCCCUCCUCUCUCUAAGGGAAAUUUGGGGAUUUGGAGAAAAAUCUUUGUUGGUUUUUUUUAAGAUCAAUUUACUGCUCUUUCUAUUUCUUGAUAAAAGAAUGGCUAAACUUCGUCCAAUUGCGUGUCUGAUUACAAUUAUCUUCUUGGCAAUUCUGGCAUUCUCAGCCUCGGCCUCUACGGAUAAAACAGAUGUCCAAGCUCUUAGAGAUCUGUACAGGUCCCUGAACAGCCCACCGCAGCUGAAGGAAUGGAAAUUAGAUGGUGGAGAUCCUUGUGACGAAUCAUGGACUGGAGUUUCGUGCUUUGGAUCAUCAGUAAUCCACCUUAAACUUCAUGGGCUAGAACUCACUGGAACUCUUGGAUUUGACCUCUCGAAUCUAAGAAGUUUGAAGCAGUUGGACCUUAGCUCAAAUCACAUUCAUGGCGAUAUCCCCUACUUCGUACUUCCUAAUGUCACACAACUGAACUUGUCGGGGAAUAACUUUAGCCAAAGCAUUCCAUACUCCUUAGUUUACAUGAAACAUCUCCGGCAUCUGAAUUUGAGCCACAACACUUUAUCUGGACCCUUAGGAGAUGUGUUCAAUGGCCUGGAGAAUCUAGUAGAAAUGGAUUUAUCUUUCAAUAACUUCACCGGAGAUCUACCUACCUCUUUCAAAACUUUGACAAACCUUACAAGAUUGUUCUUGCAGGGAAACGAAUUUACCGGAUCAGUAAUAUUCUUGGCCAAUCUCCCGCUAUCUGACUUGAAUAUUGAAGAUAACCACUUCAGUGGUCUUAUUCCAGAAAAGUUUCAAUAUAUACACAACUUGUGGAUCGGUGGAAAUCAAUUCAACAACAAUGGACCAAACUAUCCACCCUGGAAUUUUCCUUCCGACACUCUGCCCAAUGAGCAGAAUUUCACUACUCCGCCAUCUACAAAUUUAAGUGCCAUUGAAAGAUAUCCUUCUCACAAAGUAAGAGGGCACAAGAAGAAGGGACAAGGUGCAGCAGGAAUAGUUCUAAUAGUUGGAGGAGGCACUCUGAUUGCUUCAUGUGCAGCUCUUUUCCUCUUAAUUCGAAGUCAACGAUCACGUAGGGAAAUCCUCAAAAGCUUGGGCAGCUGUGAAGGUUCAACAAGAUCUUCACCAAUCAGCAUAGUCAGAGAUUAUUCGUCCAUGACUGCAGAGGGUAGCCCAAACGUGUCAUCAUUCAGUUCUCCUCCGAUGAUUACCCCCUCUCAUUUGCCCCCUAUACGUUCUAAAAUGAUGAAAGUGUCUAAAAGAAAAGGCUUCUCUAUGAACAAAAUGAGUGCAAAAGUGUACUCCCUGUCAGAGCUUCAAUCAGCAACAAACAGCUUCAGUGAAGGAAAUCUUCUUGGAGAAGGAUCCCUUGGUUGUGUUCACAGAGCAGAGUUUCCAGAUGGAAUGAUUGUAGCUGUGAAGAGCAUUAACACGGUACCUCUGUCCAUCAUUGAAGAAGAAGAAUUCCUAGAUGUGAUUCGGAAUAUAUCCCGAUUGAGGCACCCAAACAUAGUGACCCUUCUUGGAUACUGCACGGAGCAUGGCCAACAUCUUCUUGUGUAUGAAUAUAUCAGGAAUUUUUCUCUUGAUGAGGCCUUGCACAGCGUCACAUACAAGCCACUAUCCUGGGGCCUACGCAUUCGAAUUGCUCUUGGUGUUGCUCGAGCAUUGAAUUACAUGCAUUCCUCCUGCUUGCCUCCCAUAGCCCAUAGCAAUUUGAAGGCUGCUAACAUCCUACUCGACGAAGAGCUCAUGCCCCACAUGAGUGACUGCAGCCUGGCUAUCCUGAGACCCCUGACCAGCAACAGUGUUAAGCUCAAGGCUUCAGAAAUGGCUAUUGCUGAUAGUGGCUACAUUGUACCUGAAAAUUUCCAACCUAUGCAGCCUGGGAUCGCUAACACAAAGGCUGAUGUGUAUGCAUUUGGAGUGCUGCUUUUAGAGCUUUUAACGGGAAGGAGGCCUUUCGAUUGUUCAAGACCAUCAUCAGAGCAAUCCUUGGUGAAAUGGGCUUCAUUCAGGCUUCAUGACCGUGAGUCUUUGGGACAGAUGGUCGAUCCACUCAUGACUGGAACAUUUUCAUCCAAGUCUCUGUCACGUUUUGCAGACAUUGUCUCCCUCUGUAUUCAGCCUGAUCAGGAAUUUCGUCCUCCAAUAUCUGAAAUCGUGGAGUCUCUGGCGGGUCUGCUGCACAAGCCUGGCACAGCAGAUGGUGCUGAAGUUGACCCCUUCGACCGAUCAUUCCGUUCUACCAACACCCGAUUCUGUGGUUCGCCGACUCUGAGCUACUACUCCAUCUGAUUCUACAAAAGGUUGACUGUACAAUGGCGAGUCUGGAUUUUUAAAGCGUCACAUGUUCUACUUCUGUAUUAUUACUGUACUGAAAAGUUCAUUCUAGUUUUUGAGUGCAAAUAGGAUAGAAAUUGAUAUAUUAACUGGUAUAUAGCUCUUGAUACCAUAUUGUAGGACUCAUUACUAUACUGAACAGUUAAUUCGAGUUUUUGAGUGCAAGCAA